GUUGGGAGAGGCUCCAAAAAAUAUUACUCUGACAUGAGAAACUUAUUUGUUUGUUAUUAGUGAGAAGGACAUAGCCACAUGUUUUAUUCGGCGAUAUGUGUGACGUUAGCUGUUUUUAUAUCUUUGGUCCACGACAUCUUAGUAUGAGCUGACGGUCAAUAUCACGGGCACUGACUUCCAGUAAACAGUACCGCCUGGGUUACGGAACCACCAACGGGAACCAGACCUGGAUCAAGCUGGCCUGGGGUGAUGCUGCCACCGACCUCCUGUACUCGGUCAUUGGACUCAGCCCUGGGUCAUGUAUAGGGUCAAGGUUCAAAAGAUCCGGUUUGUAGGUUUUCUGUUUACAUUGACGUAACAUAUAAUUGAAAACAUGGAAGACGACAACAAUAUUGAAGACUAACAGUAUCAGAUCCUGUUUGUGUACAUAUAUUUGGAAUAACGACUAUGUAGCCGCCAUUUAUGAAGAGCAAGAAAUCCCUGACCAAUGGUAAAGUAGUUCAUUCUGAGCCUGAUGUGUUAUGUUUGACAUCGGAUCCCAGUAGAAAAAGGCCUGUUCUAGUUAUAUGUGAGGUAAAGAAAAUUGAACCCGGAGAAAAUACGCUAGACCAUCCUAAGAAAAAGAUCAGGUCACUGAAUACAUCUACCUCCAGUAUAUCAAAUAUACCCGACUCAAAAUUUGCUCCACAGAUAUGGAAUCUCUUUGUUCAUAUGGAAAAAUCAGUCUCAGCAAUGGCUGUUCUUGGGGUGGCUGUUGAUAAAACACACGUCCGGUUUACUCUUCUUAUUGUACAUAAAACAACUAAGGAAAUGUUGAAAACAUCGGAUGGAAGGGGACCUGUACAUUUUGAGGGACUGGUGGAAAACCCUCGGUUUUACUACAAAAAACAGAUGAACUAUCUUAAGAGAGAGGAGAGAGGAAUUGUUGAAAUGUCUGCUUUAUGUUGGAAUGAUGCAAAAUAGAUUUUAAAAAUCGAAUUGUGUCUUAGAUAUUUUUUAAAAUAUAAUUGACAUUUAUCUGCAUGGUACAUGUACUUAAAGAGACUUGGACGUGAUUUUAGUUCAACAAUUUUAUUUUUAUUUUUUAUGUAUAAAAGGGUUUACUGGUGCAUUUUAAAUGAUUGACCAAAAUAUAGAAUGUUAAGUUAAAUUACAAGCGAGAUACAGAUGUAAGAAUUGAUUGUUAUUUAAACAAAGCUCGAGUCUCAUAGUUGUUUACGAAAAAUGUAAUGUUGAGAAUUGCCAUUUCUUAGACAAAAUGACAUGUAAAAACAAUUUAAACUAAUUCAAUAUCUUUAUAAAUAAGUUUAUCAAUAUAAGAAAGAUGCAUUUGAUUGAAAUUUACACCAAUAUAACACACAUGUAAAAAUGACAAUAUUUUAGCUUUGUUUACAAAACAAAGAAUUAGGAACUCUGUAUCUUGCUUAUAACUUGAUAUUUGACUUUAUAAUUUUGACAUAGCAUUUGUGAAAUUUAUGUCUUGUACUCGUACUAAUGUAAAAAAAAUCUGAACAAAAUUAUGUUAUUUUAUUAUCAAAAUAUACAGUCUGAUAUAAUAGUCUGUCUUCCAUAAUUCUACUUCAUCCUUUUUUCAUUGUUUAUAUUGUAUAUUUAUACUUAUUCAAUAUUUAUUUACUAAUUAUUUUUGCAUUUAUAAAAUGCACCUCUGACUUGUGAACUGUAUAUAUAAUGACUGACCUCAUGUACCAUUUCUUGGUUUGAGUGAAUAAACUGAACUGAAUUGAAUUGAAUUGAGUUAUCCCCCUUUCAUCAAUUGAUAGAGUGUCCAACCUAAUACCGCAUCUUGGUUCGGUUUAAUUUACAAUUAAGAGAUCUGGUGUAUUUAAUUUUUUUGGCUAGUUAAUAGGUGUGUUACGGAGAAAGUAAU